AUGGCGACGGAUCUUCGUGUCAAAAUACUCAAUAAUCCAUUGAGGUCUUCUGGCCCUCCUGACGCCCGUAUUCUCUUGAAUAAAAAGAAGCAGAUCAAAAACAUUAGAAAGAAGAAGGGGAUUCUAAAUAGAGUACUUUCUCAACAAAUUGAUGUGCCUUUCCUCAUUCCAAGACGCACGGUUAAAAACGAAUACUUUCAAAGGAAAGGACCGAGUUUAUAUUUACGUCAAGGGAAUCCCUCCGCACACAAUGUCAGGGAAUCUCUCACACGCACUAUCAGUAAUCAGCCUGCCAGUCGAAUUGACUUUCAAGAACUCGCAAGUGCGUCGGUUGUAAGCCCCAUUCAGGGCUUCCGAGUUGAAGUUAGGAACCUGGGACCCUCUGUCACACUUGAUGACAUCUAUGAACUAUUCUCUGGUGUGGGACCUCUGCGUUCCUGCAAUUUGGUUCGUCCCGGACUGGCAGAAGUUGUGUUCAACUCAGCUACAGAUGCUCAGUCGGCGGUUGCACGUUACAACAGUCGCGAGCUCGACAGCCGGCCUAUGCUUGUAACUUUGGUCACGCCAGGGGCAGGCUUUCCAAGCAAACCCGAUAGAAGCGCCCCUCCUCUAACCACAAGGUAA